GUAGCUCGCGAUCAUGUCCCGGCGAGUGUUCCAUACUUUGACACAGUUAUUCACAAGCCAGAUCAUUGUCACGGCAGGAGCGACCUGAUGGCGAACUUUGCAGGCCGAGUUGUACUUAUUACAGGAGCGAGUGCCGGUAUCGGAGAGGGUACAGCUUUGCAUUUUGCCAAACAUGGAGCCAAACUCUCGAUAACGGGACGAGAUAAGACGAGACUGGAAGACGUCGCUAAAAGAUGCUCGGAGUGCGGGAUACCGGCUGAUGACAUUCUGACCCUUUGCGGUGACCUGACUGACGCGGCCUUCAGGAAGGCGACCGUUGAAAAGACAGUCGCCAAGUUUGCCAGGCUCGAUGUACUGGUGAACAACGCGGGUAUGUUGUACCCAGGGGCGUCCAUGCAGAUGGCGGAAUCCGAGUACGACCAGUUGAUGAACCUCAACAUGAAGGUGCCCUUCCUCCUGUCCCAGCUGGCAGUCCCCCAUCUGGAAAAGACGCAGGGGAACAUCGUAAACGUAUCCAGUAUAUGCGGAGCUAAGUCGAUGCCGGAGAUCGGGAUCUACUGCGUCAGCAAGGCCGCCAUGGAUAUGUUCACUCAGUGCCUGGCUUUAGAGCUCGCGCCCAAGAAAGUUCGAGUAAACUCUGUGAACCCCGGCACUGUGGUGAGUUUGAUACACAGACGGGAGGGCGCAACGUUUCACGACAAGGACGACGAGUACACCAAGUUCUUGGAGCAACAAGCUGGUCGCCACCCCCUUGGCAGAGUGGGCCAACCUCAGGAUGUGGCUGAGUCCAUUGCUUACCUUGCCUCCGACGCUGCGAGCUUUGUGACGGGACAGCUCAUUUUUAUCGAUGGGGGUCGACACUGUGUGUGUGCUGGCGUCUCCAAGUGAAUACCUAGAUUUCCGAAGCUGAAAUACACUCGAAGCACAGGACAUUUUUGCAAAAUUCGUGUUUAUAAAUCACACCCAUCAAGCCUAUAACAGCUUCGGCGGAUGCGACUUACCUUUCGAAGCAGACAAGACUAAGUCAUAUAGAUGGUGGUGGGUUGUUAGAACAGUUCAUUAAAAGCGUUUAAGGCAUAAAAUGUUGGACAUUUUGAAGCAUUAUUGCACAUAUGGCAGUCAAGCAUACACAGAACCAUUUCUGAGCAUGCGCGACCAAACAACGUGAAGAUAUAUACAAUCAAGUUUUUACUUCGAGAGCAAAUUUCGUAACUUUCGCUCUGCAAAUGCUAUUUCCGUAUUUACUACUGCAGCUAGGUUCAACAGAUAUAAAAGAGUUUUAUAUACAGAUCCUCGCAUCAACAUCACUCAAAAUAAAUGUAGAAACUUGUGUUUUAUCUACUGUUUUUGUCUAUGUAGGCACUGGUAUAAAUUUGCGACUGCUUCCAGCGGAGUGAGACUGCUGGAUCGGCCUAGCCAAGACCCGUUUUUAGUGUAAUUAAUGCUCAGUUCUAUUGAUAUUGAACCAACAUGUUGCAGGUUCACAAAGAAUACAACAUGUACAUAUGUUUUUUUACCUUUUGUUAUUACGUUUCUAAACUUAUUUUGAAUGAUGUUGAUGCGAGGAUCUGUUUAUAGCAGCUAUAGAUUGAUGAAUGUGUUCAAGGACCAAACCAAUGGUUGAUGCGAGGAUCUGUGUAUAGCAGCUAUAGAUUGAUGAAUGUGUUCAAGGACCAAACCAAUGGUUGAUGCGAGGAUCUGUUUAUAGCAGCUAUAGAUUGAUGAAUGUGUUCAAGGACUUAACCAAUGGUUGAUGCGAGGAUCUGUUUAUAGCAGCUAUAGAUUGAUGAAUGUGUUCAAGGACAUAACCAAUUCGGAAUCGGAUGGUUUGAUCCAUGAAUAUGCAUGAAUUUCGAUAAUACGUCCUGUGUUCGAAGACAGGUGGUAAAUGUAUAUACGGCUGUAAGUAAUCCAAUAAAGAGAAGCGAUGAAUUUU